UUAUUCUGAAAGUGAAUCAUAUUGAAGUUUGCACAGCCGCAUGUAAAUGUUCCUUCGGAGAUAAGAACGUUCGGAUUUUCCCAUCUGAUAAAAUUUUGGAAAAAUUGUGAUUAAAGCAACAUAAAAAGAAACGCAAUGAGCUUUUGAAAUUGAAUUCUGCAACAGAGAGUAACAGAGUACAAAACACAUAUUUUUCGUGAAGUUUUUUCAGCGAUAUUGUACGAGCGAUUUUCACUCGGUGGCUAGUAUUUUAUUCUGUGUGAAUUUUUCGCUGUAAAAGCAAACGUUCAUUUGUAAUUUGUUGCUUUUAUUAUUCAUUUUUACAAACCAAAGUAAACAAUAAUCAUGCAGAAAAUUUGGAUUUUUCUGAUAUUUCUAAAUUUUCUGAAAAUUUGGAUUUUUAUCGGAGCACUAGCUAGUAAUCCAGACGAAAUUUUGAGACAAAAUUUGAAUAUUUUUUACUCAAAUUAUUCAGCUACACAUCCGGAUUCAUCAAAUCCAGUGCCUUCACGAAAUGAACAAGUGUAUCCAGUGCGACAAACUCAAUGGUAUCCUCCUCCGUCGAACACCCUACCAAAUCUAGUGUAUCCACCACUAGUAGCCCAAUCACCUGGGUCAAAUUAUCCUCCUCCGUCGAACACCCUACCAAAUCCAGUGUAUCCACCACCAGUAAACCAACCACCUGUGACAAUUUAUCCUCCUCUGUUGGACAACCCACCGAACAAGUGCAUAUGUGUGCCAAAACACCUAUGUGUAAAUGGUUAUGGUAAUGGUAAUGGUAAUGAUAAUCGUAAUACUGUUACUAAUAAUGAAUUCGAGAAAGUCGUCGAUAUCCGAUUUGGAGAAGUUGAGUGUCAAUCAUAUCUUGAAACAUGUUGUUUACAAAAUAUAACGAAUAAUGCGCCGAAAGUGAUACCUCAUGGUUGUGGUGUCCGUAAUCCGAAAGGGGUAUUUUUCAGAAUUAUCGGUAACAAUGACAAUGAAGCGCAAUUCGGAGAAUUUCCAUGGCAUAUUGGACUUUUUAAAAUGGUACAAGGUCCAAGUGGUGAACUUUGGACUUACGGAUGCGGUGGUUCAUUGAUUAAUCCGGGUGUGGUUCUGACUGCAGCUCAUUGUUUAAGAACAAAGAAUGGACCAAUGUUGGAUUUACACAUGUUGAAAGUCCGUGCCGGAGACUGGGAUUUACGAAUCACACACGAGCCGUAUCCCCAUCAGGAACAAACUGUCCGUAAAAUUUCAAUACAUCCAGAUUAUCAAAGGAAUGGCUUGCUUAGUGAUGUUGCAUUGUUAUUCGUCACACAACCUUUUGAAUUGGGUCUACAUAUUAAUACAAUUUGUUUGCCGAAUCCUGAUCAGGUUUUCAAUCAACGAUCUUGCUUUGCAACAGGCUGGGGAAAAGAUAAAUUUGGUGGCCCUACAAUGCAAAAGAUUUUAAAACGAAUCGAACUUCCAAUCGUGCCUCAUCAAUCUUGCAACCAGAAAUUAAAGCAAACACGUCUUGGCCAGUAUUUCAACUUAGCUUCAACUUUUAUUUGUGCAGGAGGCGAAGGUCAUGGUGACACAUGCACUGGAGAUGGAGGAUCACCCCUGGUGUGUCCAAUUGGAAAUAAUCGAUAUGUUCAAGCUGGAAUUGUUUCAUGGGGAAUAGGAUGUGAUGACAGUACGCCAGGAGUUUAUGCAAAUGUGGCGUGGUUCCGGAAUUGGGUUGAUCAGGAAGUAGCAAGGAAUAUAAUUUAAUGUCAUAGCCGUCUGCCUGAUACCGUGUUUGUUUUUGAUUACAAUGAAAUGUCAAUGCCCUUUCAUAAAUGUCUUUUUUCUUUGAAUUUUGUGUUGAACAAAUAUUAAAUAAAAUAACAUUUUUAAA